AUGCAACAUGUGAUGUUCCAGCGGAGACUACCAACUCGACAUGCAGCGAGUGCGGUAAGCAAGAUCUUGAGCCGGCUAAGUGGCCAUCGCAAUGUCUCCAGGGCCGUCCCCGAAGGCUCUGUGGGAACCUCCAGGAUAUCUCCCUCCGAACCCACCACACUCUCCGAAGACGGCAUACGAACUCUACGCAUCCGUAAACAUGGCCACAAACCUCUGCCUAUCCCCGAGAUCAUGGAUCCAAUCUAUCUCCAUGCUCGGAACAAGCACAAGCAGCCAAGGCAGGUGAUCAUCGGAUACCGCAGACUUGACGUCGGGCAAGGCAGACAUCAAGAUAGAGAAGAAGAAGAGGAGGCAGAAGAUGGACCACGCCGAGACGCAUCCGACGUUCGUGAUCUCAAGCCUAUCCAGGAUUCUAAAACGAUGACUCCGUUCCAGAUUAAGCUGCACACCAAUCCCUACGCCCGCGCCUUAGCGACAAGCAUCCGACAGUGUGUUCUGACUAGAGCUCGACUGCCAUCUCACUUCCUUCUUCAGUUUGGCCUGUUCAUGCCCCAAGUGGAGGAAUCGCCAUCAUCGCAGCAGAGUGAUGAUGUCAAGCCGUACUGGAAACUCCUUGCUUAUCCCCAACGAUCGCCAAUGAAACUGCCACUAGGGAGGGUUCGUGCUACGAGGUCGACUGUGGAGGCGCUCGCUUCCAAGCAGAGAAAUGGCGGAAGAUGGGGAGUUUUGGCAUCUCAGAAGGCGAGGGACCGUUGGGCUGUGAUGACACCGAGGGCGGGAAGUGGUGGUAUUCUUCCGGGCAAGGAGUUUGACUGGGAUCCUAAUAUGAGCGAGGUGGUUCUGCAGAGGUUGAGGGAGGAGGUGGUGACUAAGAUGAGGUACGGUCUAGAAUGUGGGCUUGUGAAGAAGAGGAGAGAUGGAGAAGAGAAUGAAGAGGUAUUGGCAGUUUUGAAGCUGAAAGGGGGAGUAGAGGAGGUGCACGAUCUAGGGGAAUCUUCCAGUAUGGCUGGUGAGAUGGGCACUAGCAACGGUCCGAUCGCGGGCUGGAUCAAGUACAACUUGACGAAGUUGUUCGAAGCUGACGAGCUGAAAGAAUUCAUGGAUGAUGAUUUGGACAUCGAGAUGGAUGAGCUCGUGGUUUUUAAGGAUCGAACCAACAUGAGCUUGCUGCUUGCGUUGGAGCAGCUGCAGAACUACGUUGGCAAUUGA